AAUGACCAUAUAUGCGACUAUACGACACAUAUUUUAAAUCAAUCUCACAAAAUGAUGACCGUAGCACACUCCGACAAUUGACACAUCGUGCUACGACCUACGAGCGUGGCCUCGGCGUUCCUUUGUUUAUCCACGGAAAUUGGACGAGAAUUAGCAAAAACUGAAAAACACAAAAUAAGCCAAAAUCCCAUCGUUUCCUUCAUCUCUGACCACAAAAUACACAACUCAAAAAAAUAAAGAAAAAGAAAAACUGAACGUUUUUGGGAGUGUGGAAGAAGAUACUCGAUCAAUUUUUACUCUUUUUCUCAAAUCCUUUCCCUCUUUUUUCUUUCUUGAUAGUUUCUGGGUAUUUUCCUGCAAGAUUUUGCAUAUAUGGCUACAAAAGCACCACCAAUUACAGGUUUACACUUAGCGGCAUCAGCACCAUCUACUGCUGCUGCUUCUUCUCAAAGACUAGCUGUUGCCAGAGUUUCUUUGAAGUCUUCCUUCUUUGGCUACAAUGUUGGAGCAUUGAGAUUGAGUGGAGUUCAAUUACUACAUUCUAAUAAGACUAGGUGUAAUGGCGUUGGUGGCGGCUCUCUUGGUUCACAAAUGAACCUUUUUGAUCGAUUUGCUCGAGUUGUCAAGUCGUAUGCAAAUGCAGUUCUAAGCAGUUUUGAGGAUCCAGAGAAAAUUUUAGAGCAGACUGUUCUUGAGAUGAACGAAGAUUUGACAAAAAUGCGUCAGUCUACAGCUCAAGUAUUGGCGUCUCAAAAGCAAUUGGAAAACAAGUAUAAAGCUGCACAACAAGCUUCGGAUGAUUGGUAUAAAAGGGCACAACUUGCACUUAGUAAAGGGGAUGAAGAACUUGCUCGUGAAGCUUUGAAGAGACGCAAAUCUUAUGCUGAUAAUGCAAAUGCUUUGAAGGCUCAACUUGAUCAACAAAAGAACGUUGUUGAUACUCUUGUCUCGAAUACUAAGCUACUGGAAAGCAAGAUACAGGAGGCAAAGUCAAAGAAGGACACACUGAAAGCACGUGCUCAGUCUGCAAGGACUGCUACGAAAGUAAGUGAGAUGGUUGGAAAAGUAAAUACUAGCGGUGCUCUUGCUGCUUUUGAGAAGAUGGAAGAAAAAGUGUUGGCUAUGGAAUCAGAAGCUGAUGCGCUUAAUCAAUUAACUAGUGAUGAGCUUGAAGGAAAGUUUGCAUUACUAGAAAGCUCUUCUGUUGAUGAUGACUUAGCUAGCUUGAAGAAGGAAUUGUCUGGGAGCUCAAAGAAAGGAGAACUCCCUCCCGGAAGAACAGCAUUUGCCAGCAAUAACUCAGCAGCAUCAUCGCUUCGAGACAUGGACAUCGAAAAUGAGCUGAAUGAGCUACGCAGAAGAGCCAACGAUUAUUAGUUGAUUCAAACUUGCAUCACUUAUUUAUGUAUAAAUUUUUUCUCAUUUAAGCCAAUUUGUGGUGUUGCCAAACUAGUGCCACAUUGUCAAAGCUUACACUUAGAAUUGCAAUUAUAUGGAAUAUUUUAGUAACAUGGUUUAAAAUGAGCUUAUUAUGGUCUUUUAUGCA